CCGGCCCGCCCCGCCACUUAAUUCUGACGCGCGAGGCCGCCGGGUGUGAGAGCCGCCCUGAGCCGGACGGGCUUCCUACUCGGUCGUUGCAACCGCUGUCGGAACCACCCUCUCACCACCUCGGUGGCCACGGAGCCGGGUACCAACGCCAGCAGCGGAGCGCGCCAGGGAGCAGCGCGCCUUUGUGCGAGACGGCCCGCUUGAGGACACUGACCCCAAAGAUUCCUGUCUCAUUCCAAGAAACAUCAUGGCUGAGCCAGACUACAUAGACGAUGACAAUCCUGAGCUAAUUAGGCCCCAGAAGCUAAUCAAUCCUGUCAAAUCAUCCCGAAACCAUCAAGACCUCCACAGAGAGCUUCUUAUGAAUCAAAAAAGGGGUCUUGCCCCUCAGAAUAAACCAGAACUACAGAAGGUGAUGGAGAAGAGAAGACGAGACCAAGUGAUAAAGCAGAAGGAGGAGGAAGCUCAGAAGAAGAAAUCCGACCUGGAAAUAGAACUAUUAAAGCGACAGCAGAAGCUGGAGCAGCUUGAACUUGAGAAGCAGAAAUUGCAAGAAGAACAAGAAAAUGCCCCAGAGUUUGUGAAGGUGAAAGGCAAUCUCAGGAGAACAGGCCAGGAGGUGGCCCAGGCCCAGGAGUCCUAGGCCCAGGCUGUGUGGCCUGGUGUGUCCUCACCAUCUCUGUAGGAGCCCUGUCUAGGUGCCUCUACAGUGCUCCUCUUGGGCCAAAGUCCUGAGGAAGGGAAUCCAGACAGCUGAGAAUUUUGACUAUCAAAAAGGAUUACGUUUGAUUUACCAUUGCGGUAGAUGAGUCAUCUCUGACGAUUGCAAUUCCCAUUCGCCAAAUGAAAAACAUCGACCAGCACAUAAGAUACCAUGGACCUGUGUUUAGAGACUUUAGACAAAGAAAAUCACAAAAGAAGUGAAGAGAACCAGGAAGCGGACACUGGAACAUGCAAGAGGGUUGCACUACUCGGCCUUUCUUCCAUUCCAAGUUUAGUGGGACACAGAGCCUUUCUUGUUCCUUUGGAAACUAAGUGAAUUGUUUGGAAUCCCUCCUUGGGUUAUCUGUUAGAUUGUUUUGAUUACAUCAAAAUAUAUUUCAUCUGUUACAUCCA